AUGAAAUACAAAGCCCCUGAGGUUGAAGAAGAGUAUGAGGAAGACGACGUAACGAACGCGUCGAAGCGAAAAAGAAGCAACGAGGAAACGCCCGCUGUCCAGGAAAAGAGCGCAGACGAGACAGAGUCGCAGCCACCAAGUAAGGCUGCCAGAGCUGGUGGGGAGCCUGAUGAAGAGGAAGAUGACGAUGAGGGAUUCCUCGACGAGGAAGAGUCUCGUGAAGGCGAUCUUGACCAGGAGGAGCUUGAUGAGGAAGAUUUCGACGAGGAAUUGAGCGAUCUGGGUGAGGAGGAGAGUGGAGAAAUAGAAGAGGUUGAAGGAAAAGAGGGUACAAGUCAGGAGAAGAAGUCGCGACAGUCUCCAAGUCAUGAGAAGCUGAAGAAGACCAUUGAGGAAUAUGGUCAUGGUCCACUUGAGGGAACGGCGAUUGAAAAGAAAGCGCUUACUGGAUCGCCUGAUACCAUUUUCGCUAUGCUCAUUGAUGCGAUGCUGAAGUCAAAGCCGUUGUCACAUGAACUCACGGAUCGUACACUGCGUAAACUUGUUGAUGUUGGAUAUCACGAUAUCCAGAAACUAGGGGAUGCUAGUUGGGAAGAGAGAGCUAUGGUCCUGAAGGAUGGAGGAUACAACCGAUACAGAGAACAGGGUUCAACAAACCUGGGAAAAUUGGUCGAGUUCGUGAACGAGAACUAUGAUGGGGAUCUGAACAAUCUCAUAAAGUCUGCGGAGUACGAUCCCCAGAGAACAAGACAACUCGUAAAGGAAGUCCACGGCCUCGGAGACCUAGGCGUGGAACUCUUCUUCAACAACGUGCAAAGCGUCUGGCCAUCUAUCGCUCCGUUUGUUGAUUCCCGGAGUCUGCAAACCGCGGAGGACGCUGGGCUGGGGACUGACCUGGAUGCUAUCUACGAGGACUUAGAGAAAGACUCGAUCAGGAUGUGCAAGUUGGCAAAUGCCUUGUCGACCGCUAGAUUAGAGAAACAAGUGGGCGAUCUGAUGGCGAUUUGA